AUGUCCUCCGAGCGGCCAGACGACGACCGGACGGUACGCCCGCCACCUCUGGUUUUACAAGGCGCCAAUUCGUCCGAUAACCACCGCGAGCCAACGAGGACGAAUAACGAACCUGGACUGUCGACCUACUGGCACCCGUCGUAUAGCUCGUCUUCUCAUGAUAAUUCAUAUCACCCGUUCGAUGGAGGCUCGCAGUACAUCGAAGAGUCAGCGAAUCCGUACUAUUCAGAUUCUGAUAGAGUUCCCCUUACGGCGGGAGUACAACCGAUAUCUGGCACCCAUAACGAUGACGCUCACGGAAUCCUUGCUAGGAGCAGUUUCCAGACUGUUCGUGAUGACGACAACGCUCCAAUCCGUGACCAAGAGGGAAAGAAUUUUGGACAUGGUUCGAAUUCGGGUUAUCUAUCCGCUGGUCAUCAAAGCUAUGGGUUAACACUGGAUCCUGGAGACUUUCGCCUAUCGCGAUCACCGUCUACAUCUGGAGCCUUUCAUCGCGCCGGAUCAAUUGUGAGGGCUAUGUCCCAGAGAGUUGUGAAUCUUAGCGGAGAAUCAGAUAUCACCGACCAGGGAUCUUCACGUUAUCGCUCCCGCUCCCGCGACUCAUCAAGUGAACGACCGGCCAACCCAGCAACGACGACGUAUGGCGCCGAAUCGUAUUAUGGCCGACCGGCUUCUUCGAGGGAGGAGAAGGCUAGUCAGAACCUGUUCUUGACUACCGAUAUUCCACCUCGCGCCGCUCGCGCAAAACCUCUCAAUCCCCUCAAGGGCAAAACAUUAGGCAUAUUUUCUCCAGAAAACCGAUUUAGAUUAUGGAUGUGUGAUAUCCUGGUCAAUCCAUUUACCGAGCCCUUUAUCUUAGUCCUUAUCAUCGCUCAAACGAUUCUACUUGCCGUGGAAUCCUGGCCAGACGUCUUCAGUCCUGGCAAUGAGCGUUCAGAGCGAUGGGGUAAAAAACCAAUAGACUGGACUAUGCUUGGGCUCUUUAUCAUAUUCACAUUAGAGAUUGGUGCUAGAAUUGUGGUUUCAGGGUUCAUAUUAAAUGCGGCAGAAUACAGUACCAUUGAUCGCCAAAGGGGCAUCAGAGCAGCAGUUGAAGAUCGAUACAAAACCAUUUUUCGGCCCGAGCGACAAAAGUCAACGAAAAGAGUUCGGUCAACUCAACCUCAAGCCCCUGCUUUUGCCCGCUCCUUUACAACCUUGAUGCAGGGCCCCCAGACUGGUCCAAAGACGAUUGAGGACCAGCAACGCUUUCAACUGGCACGUCGAGCCUUUUUGCGUCAUUCAUUCAAUCGUAUGGAUUUUGUUGCAGUUGUCUCUUUCUGGAUUACUUUCGGGCUAAGUAUCAGUGGAACUGAGAACCGACGCCACUUUUUCCUCUUCAAAAUGCUGAGCUGUCUUCGCAUUCUGAGACUGCUAGCUCUUACUCACGGCACUGCUAUUAUCCUGAGAAGUUUAAAGAAGGCAGCCCCUCUCCUUGUUCGUGUAGCGUUUCUUAUCAGCUUCUUCUGGCUCCUCUUUGCUAUCAUCGGCAUACAAAGCUUCAAAUCCAGCCUUAGUCGACAAUGCGUAUGGUUGGAUCCGUUAGAUCCCACCAAUUUGACAGCCUCAUUCACCAAUAGUAUGGAAUUUUGCGGUGGCUACUUGGAUAAUGCGACUGGAGCCACGCGACCUUGGGUGAAAUUCAGUACCCCCGGAUCGCUAGACAACCUGGCCAGAGGAACUGCCGAAGGGAAAGGUUUCCUGUGCCCUAGAGGAUCGAUAUGCCUGCAGCAGGAUAACCCUUACAAUGGAACAGUCAACUUUGAUAACAUCCUCCAUUCCCUCGAGUUGGUCUUUGUCCUCAUGAGUGCCAAUACUUUCUCUGACUUGAUGUAUUACACUAUGGGCUCGGAUUACCCUCAAGCGGCUCUCUUUUUUGGCGCGGCAAUCAUGAUUAUGAUGUUGUGGUUGACAAACCUGCUGAUAGCCGUCAUUACUUCAUCGUUUCAGGUCAUUCGUGAAGAAAGCAAGUCGAGUGCCUUUACGGUUGAAGCCGAACCGUCUUCACAGUCGCACGCAGACGAACGGAAACGGAAAAUUUCGCCUGCUCAGAAUUUAUACAGGAAAACCUCGUUCUUUUGGUUAGUUGUUGUUGCCUUUGCACUACUCAGUGAAGCUUGCCGUAGUGCAUCCAUGUCACAUACUCGAGAAAAAUUUAUCAACGCAGCCGAGAUUGUUGUCACUAUACUUCUUGAUGUUGAAAUCAUCAUUCGAAUUGUGGCCUUCUGGCCUAGGUUCCAUCGGAGUUGGCAGAACUUAUUUGAUUUAGCCUUGGCUAUAAUCACUUCCGCAAUUCUCAUUCCACCUAUUCACAAUACUCGGGUGUAUGCGUGGCUCACAGUCUUUCAAGUCCUUCGAGCAUAUCGAGUUGUCUUGGCAAUCCCUGUGACGCGAAAACUCAUCUUGCUAGUGCUGGGAAGCGCGGCAGGUAUUGGGAAUCUUAUGCUGUUUGUGUUUUUGAUGACCUUCUUGGUCGCAAUCUUAGCUGCACAGCUCUUCAGGGGGCAAAUCCCCGUUUAUGACGAUGACGGGAACUUGAAUCGCAUCUCAUUCAACACCAUAUUCAACUCGUUUCUCGGCAUGUAUCAAAUACUUUCCAGUGAGAACUGGACGGCUAUCUUGUACUCGGUCACCUCUUAUACCACAGCAACGAAAACGGCUUGGAUUGGUGCAAUAUUUCUAAUAGGCUGGUUCAUUUUGUCAUUCUUCAUCCUGAUCAACAUGUUUAUUGCUGUUAUCCAGGAGAAUUUUGAUGUGUCGGAAGACGAGAAGCGCCUAGAGCAAGUCAAGGCCUUUCUUCAGAGGAAGGAACUUGGGCGUACGGCCAAUAAUCUUACGCUGUCGACAAUCUUUAGCUGGGGAAAAUCUCGCCGCCGCAAGGAUCCAUUGGAUUAUGGCCCAGGCAUGAUGGAGAUGCUUCUCAAGGAUACCGUGGUACAGGAGUUUUUAGAUGAUGAAGUGGCCGACCCUCUCCGUCUUAAUCCAGAGCACAGAGGCCCGCCGCAACGGAGCACGACGAGGCUGAUGGGGGAUGGUCGGCCGGGGUUUUUAAAGAAGAUAUGGUCCCGGAUCCAUAAGAGCGAGCCCAACCCCUUUUACUCAAAUAUCCGCUUUGACGGUCCGAAUGGCACCUUGGACCCUCGACAGAUGGCUCGGCAGGCGGUAACAGCAACGUCGGCUCGCCGUAAAGCCCAGCGAGAUUAUCUCGCUCAGUAUCCACGAUACAAUACCUCGUUAUACAUUUUCCCUCCCACCAGUCGCAUCCGGCGAUUUUGCCAAAGUCUUGUAGGCCCAGCAAGAGGCCUUGAGCGCUUCGACGGUGUCGAACCCAACAGGAUAGCCUGGUACACGAUAUCGACUUUCAUCUACGCCUCAGUCUUUGCAAUGGUUGUAAUAGCAUGUGUCACAACACCGCUCUAUCAGAAGGAGUACCGAGAUCACCAUCCUGCUACCAUGACUCAAUGGUAUAUCUGGACAGACAUGGCCUUUGCUGUCAUCUUCACAAUCGAGGCUAUCAUCAAGAUAAUCGCCGACGGCCUAUUAUGGACGCCCAAUGCAUUCCUACGUAGCUCGUGGGGUAUCAUUGACGCAGUUGUGCUGGUUACGCUAUGGAUAAAUGUUGUAACAUUACUUAUCGAUGAUGGUGCCAUCUCGAGAGCAUUGGGUGCAUUCAAAGCCCUUCGAGCCCUUCGACUAUUGAAUGUUAGCGACAGCGCGCGGGACACGUUUCACUCACUCAUCAUAGUCGGAUGGUGGAAACUUUUAGGUGCCGCAUUCGUAUCCAUUUCUCUGCUGAUUCCAUUUGCCAUUUACGGCUUAAAUCUCUUCAAUGGAGAGCUAGUGUCUUGCAAUGAUUCUGGCGACAUAUCCCUCCUAUCCCAAUGUUUCGGUGAAUUCAAUAGCACUCCUUAUUCGAGCGAUUGGCCGAUUUUGGCACCAAGGGUGGCAGCAAAUCCAUAUUUCAGUUUUGAUGACUUCGGUUCGUCGCUCUUCACCUUGUUUCAGAUCGUCAGUCAAGAAGGAUGGGUGGAUGUCUCUUUUGCUGCUCAAGCAAUUGUUGGUCGCGGUAUGCAGCCACAGGAUGCGGCCAAUCAGGGGAAUGCCAUGUUUUUCGUUGUAUUCAACCUGUUGGCAACUGUCUUCAUCCUUACUCUGUUCAUCUCCGUCUUUAUGAGAAAUUACACAGAGCAGACUGGCGUUGCAUAUCUUACAGCAGAGCAGCGAUCAUGGCUUGAAUUGCGAAAGCUUCUGCGCCACAUUUCACCGUCAAAAAGCUCAUAUGAUGAAUCGGAAAACAAAUGGAAGAAAUGGUGUCACAAGAGAGCCAUUGAAAAGAGAGGCAAGUGGUACCAAGCGGUUACCGUGGUGCUAGUUUUGCAUCUGGCUUUGCUAGUUGCCGAAUUCAAUGACGAGCCAUCCUGGUGGACUACGACUCGUGAAUACGUGUUUUUACUCUUCAACCUGAUAUACAUCAGCAACAUCACCAUCCGAAUACUAGGUCUGGACGCUAGAGCUGACACAUAUGUGCAGCUGCAAAAGAUAUUCUUAGUGGCCAUUGUUCUCUUGGUGAUACCUCGGAACGACGCUCUGGAUCAGCUGUUCAAGACGGCCGCGGCGAGUUUGCCUGUGAUUGGUAACCUCCUGGCCACCUGGUUCGUCUUUUUCCUUGUCUUUGCCAUUGCAAUGACGCAGACCUUCAGCCUGACCCGCUUUGGAGACAAUGAGGGAAGCGACAUCAACUUUAGAACAGUUCCGAUGGCUUUGAUCUUCUUAUUUAGAAUGAGCCUAGGAGAAGGAUGGAAUCAAAUCAUGGAAGACUACGCCGGCAUCGAGCCGCCGCUCUGCGUCGAAGCUGAAAGCUUUUUCGACAGCGACUGCGGCAGCAAGCCAUGGGCCAGGUUCUUGUUUAUCGCCUGGAAUAUUGUCAGCAUGUAUAUCUUCGUGAAUCUGUUUGUCUCGUUGAUUUUCGAAAGCUUCAGUUAUGUCUACCAGCGUUCGUCUGGCAUGUCUGCGGUUGAUCGAGAUGAGAUUCGUAGAUUCAAGGAAGCUUGGCGGAGUGUAGAUCCAGCCGGAACUGGCUAUAUCACCAAGGAAGCCUUUCCGCGUCUGCUCGGUGAAUUAUCCGGCGUGUUCCAGAUGCGGAUAUAUGAAGCAGAGGAUUCUGUACGGCAAAUCCUGGAAGAUGUUCGCGAAGAUAUCAGGAUGUCUCGCCAUACCUCGAUAGUCUCGAUGGCUGCGCUAAAUGACAUUGAUAUCAACAAAUUAAAUGAGAGGCUCAGCCAUUUGGACGUCAAGAAGAUUCGCAAACGCCGUCAUCGAUUCAAUAUCUUCUACGAAGAAGUUCUCGUCAGCGCCGAUCCCGAUAAGGGAAUCGCUUUCACUGAUGUUUUGAUGAUUCUUGCCCAUUACAAUAUUAUCAAUGAUAGCAAGAGUCUAAGGCUUGAGGAGUUUUUGCGGCGGCGAGCACGACUACAGCGUGUCGACGAAGGUAUCCGACGACGGAUCGUGCAGGGGUUCUUUGAUACACUAUACUGGUCACGGAAAUUUAAAGCACACAUGGAGCGAAAGCGAGCCUCGCGCAUGACAACCAUCCCGCAGCUUAGGAUCCCGGAUAUUCUAGUUGAAGAUGACGAAGACGACUCUUUCUCUGCACAGACAGAAGCGAAGCUGUCACAACUUGGCACGGGUGCUGGUGAAGAUGGACACAGAAAGUCGGCCUGGCCUCCGGAGUCGAUAGCAGAUGGCGGCGCCAUGCACAAUCACCCCCUCGGCCUCCCUCGCGAAUCGUUAUCGGCAAACGAGGAGAGCGGAGGCAUUUCAACAUUCAGCUUCGAGCUUGAAAUGCCAGAUGUUCGGGAAGCGACGGUUGCGGAAUUGGAACGUCCGGUACCAGACGAUGGUAAUCUGGACUCGGUCCAGGACAUGCUGGACGGCUCAGUAUGGAUAGACAGCAUUCGACGCAGCGCGACUUUACGAAGCACAGACAGAAGCUCAUAUAGAUAUGAUGAUUUGCCCUAA